GUUGAGUCAUCAGAUUACAAUGUUGUUGAAAACAAUGGUACAUUUUCCCUGGUCUCCGCCCCAGAUGUGCUGAACUAUGGGUGCACCAUCUCUGUUGGAGAUGGGGCAUACAUCGACUUGGGCGGGCACAUGACCUCAUGCACGUCUGAUCCUGGUCAGUGCCCAGGUGGUCAGUCCACAUGGUCGAUCUGGAUGAAACUAAAUCACGCAGACAACCCCGGCCCGGUCACGUUCCUGUCAUCCGGCACAGGUAGCAACACAGGCGUGUCCUUCUCUCGUUUACUAGAUGGGAACUUUGAAGUUGCUGUCAAUAUCAGGUCAGCACAGUGGCUGCGAAGUCUCGAUGACAAUUUAAUACCAGAUGGGGUCUGGUUUCAUCUGGUCAUUGUGAUCGACACCACCGCUUCCACCCAACUUGACGUGUACAUCGAUGGCACUCAGCAAGGAGUUUUCUCAUCAACAGAUGGAAUAAGCACCACAGCAACACCAACACUAGCAACACCAUUCUUGACCCUGGGUGGGACCAGCGGCAGUGAUGGUCAACGGGAUGCCACCUCUGCAUUCAGUGACUUCAUGAUAUUUGAGACAAAAUUAACAACAACUAAAAUAAAAAAUCUUCAUGAAUGUGGCGUUGUCGUUAAUCCCCGGGAAACGCAGAUCAAAGAGGUAUGGAAUAUUCUGCAGCUGGAAGUCUCCAACCCCAACGAGCUGGGAUAUCGCUGUGUACUUCAAUCUAUGGAGAGACCGGGGGGUGGUGAUGUGGCAUGGCACCUCUACCUGCAUGGGAAUAAUAAGAUCCCCUUAGGAGAUCGUACCAUGUCCAACUAUGGAGCAUGUUUCUACAAGUCGGACUUGCUCAUCAACAAGUAUAAUGACCUCGUCCAGAGAGGAUGCACCUCAAAUUGCCAGAUAAUGUGUGAGUUUAAGAGUAGCGCCCAGCUGUACCAGACUCGGAAUAUUGCUGAAGCAGAUUUGAUUUAUGAAUGGACUCCCUGGUUGAGUAGCAGUAGUCCUCAGGACAACCCAGUCGGUGACAAUGAAACAAUAACACAUCUACUACAGGUGUAUCCUGUUGACGGAUGCGCUUAUCCAGUAAGAAUUGAGUGCAGGGAAAGAUACACCAUGAAAACCCCAGAAUAUCUGCGAGACCGUGAGGUAGACGGGAUGGUUGAUAAUGGGAGUGGACUUGAAGAGACUCGACGUGAAUUCAAGCCCUAG